CAUUGAUGGACGCUCGUUAAAAAUUUUGUAACUCAUUUUAUUUUAUUAAUUGUUAAGUUUGUAACUAUGUAUUGUACAAUAAUUUUACUUUAAAACAUAAAAAAAUUAUUUAUUUUGUUCCAACAAAAAAUAUUUAGAGAUACUAGAUAGUUAUAUUGCAACGGCUGGAAUGGCAUUGCCGCAGAAAAAAUAUUACCGCCAAAGAGCACAUUCUAACCCCAUUGCUGAUCAUUGUUUUGAAUACCCUUCGCACCCAGACAAAUAUGAUUGGUCAACUGCAUAUCCCAUAUUGAAAACAGAGGAAUUUUACACCCAGAAAGUGGAAUUUUUAGAUGUUGGUUGUGGAUAUGGAGGAUUAUUAGUUACAUUAUCUCCAAUGUUUCCUGACAAUUUGAUGUUGGGUUUAGAAAUUAGAGUAAAAGUAUCUGAUUAUGUAAAUGACAGAAUAAAAGCACUAAGGAUACAACAUCCAAAUCAGUAUCAGAACAUAGCUGUGUUGAGAACAAAUGCCAUGAAAUAUUUGCCAAACUUUUUUCACAAGGGGCAGCUAAAGAAGAUGUUCUUUUUGUACCCUGACCCACACUUCAAAAAAGCCAAACACAAAUGGAGAAUAAUAAAUAAAUGGUUGUUGUCAGAAUAUGCAUAUGUUCUGGCUGAACAGGGCAUUGUAUAUACUAUAACUGAUGUCAAGGAUUUGCAUGAGUGGAUGGUGAUACAUUUUGAAGAACAUCCAUUGUUUGAGAGAGUCUCAGCAGACGAGUUGAAAGCAGACCCAAUUGUUGAGAAACUGUAUGAGAGUACUGAAGAAGGCCAAAAAGUUACUCGCAAUAAGGGCGACAAGUUUCUAGCUGUAUAUAGGAGGAUCCCAGAUAUUGAACAUGUUUCUCCAAUUAAAGAAUUACUUUAGAAAUAAAUAUUUUAUUUUACUAUUACAUGAACAUACAAAUACAUAUAAAUUGAUUUAUGGAAAACACAUGUAUAUUAUCGAGACAAGGCAGUGGUAUUUAUUAUGCUUUAUUACAACUUGUUUCUAAAAAUUAUAUAAAAAUAAUUAGUUUAAGGCCUUAGUAAUUUACUAAAAACAAGCAACUGGUUAUAAUAUGUAUAAGCAUUCAGCAAAUAACUUUCAUAUCAUGGAAAAAAACUGCAUUUUAAUAAGGCAUCAACAAGAUUAUAUGAGGUAGGUAAUUUAUUUUACUCUACUUUGUAACUUUUUCUCUAUAAGAUUUAACCACCUGAUCAAAGGGCGCGAAACAACAAGAUUUCGUCUCAUGUGACUAGCUGCACUCAGUAACCAAUCUUUCUUAUCCAUCCAUUGUUUGAUGGGAAUUAAUGAAAAUAUCAGAGCCGCCCAUAUUUCUCCUUGUUGAGGGUACAUAUGCAAGCCCUCCUUCGCCAGGAUAAGAGCUUUUAUAUGAUCUCCAGCAAUAUGUUCAGCAAUACUAGCUGUUGCUAUCAUCUUUGCAGAUUCUAAGCAGUGGUCAUAGUUGUGAGAUGAACAUAAUGCUCUUUGGGCACAACUACUGGCAAUCUUUGCUUUGGUAUCAGAUGCUCUAAGACAAUACUGAGACAUACAAAACCAUAACAAAGCGUUACUAGGAAAAUCAUGAAGUGAAUCACUCAGAAUUUUAAUAGCUUCAUUUAUGUUGUUCUCACAUACAAAUAAGUAUGAUUUCAGGAAUCCUAUAUCAAACCCAAAUGCAUUAUCUUUUUCAUAUUUGUGCAAUUCACCUAAAGCAAGUUUAGAGAGACUUUGAUCAGAGUGCAAUAACCCUAAUGAACAAAUAGCAAAUAAACAAUAGGCAGUAGGUUUUUUUUUAGUAACAUUGAUGCUGUGAAAUAGUAUGGUUUUUGCAUCA